CGAAGACAACGCGAUGUGAUAUUUGGAGUCAUUUUGAACGUCACACUGCUGCUGCAAACAAAUACAGGUGUAAAAUUUGCAAAGAUUUGUUAACAAUUAGUGGCAGUUCACCGUUUACUUUAAAGCGACAUUUUUCAAAGAAACACCCGACAACAUUUGUUAGCCAACCAGUAAACUCUGCUUCUUCCAGCAAAUCAAUACAACCAAAUCAAAAUACAGGUGGAGAAAAACAGAUACAAAAGUCAGUAAGCGACUACGUAGAUGUUUUUAAACCCCUAAGUGCUGCCUCAAAAACAAACAUUGAUGAACAAUUGCUGAAGAUUUUUUGCAACCAUGCUCUACCAUUCUACUUACUAGAAGCAGAAGAUUUUAAGGAACUUUUCCGUACCAUUUGUCCCAGUUACGUUCUGCCUAACAGAAAAACGUUCAGCAAUGCAAUGCUUAAUAAGCAGUACGAUAAUGUAUUGGACAAGGUUAAAACGGAUCUUAAGAAUUCCAAAGCAGUCUGUUUAACAUCGGAUGGCUGGACGGGUUUAAAUGGCACAAAUUUUCUAGCUGCAACGGUACAUUUCGUCAACGACAGUACUAAUUUAAAAUCUUAUCUAUUAGAGUGUGAAGAAUUUACGGAACGGCAUACAUCAGAAAACAUUGCACUAUGGUUGAAAAGUGUGAUGGAUAGGUUCGCGAUUUUAGAUAAAGUGUGCUGUGUUGUAACCGACAAUGCGCCAAACAUGAUAAAAGCCAUACACCUAUUGGAAAUCCAGCACGUUCCGUGCUACGCACAUACUCUUAAUCUCGUAGUUAAAGAUGCGAUUAACGACACCAUCGAAACGACCGUUACUAAAGUGAGAAAAAUAGUGAAAUAUUUCAAAAAGAGUUCGACUGCGUUGUACAAGCUAAAUGAAAUGCAGAAAAAUCUAAACUAUAAAGAACUGAAGCUCAUACAAGAUGUAUCCACACGCUGGAACUCCAUUUACUUCAUGUUGGACCGGUUCAGAGCCAACAAAGAGCCAAUCGUUUCUGCUCUCGCUCUUCUGGGAGCAGAAUCAAAGCUCAUUGAAAACGAUUGGACCAUUAUGGAGCAAUCUUGCAUUAUUUUAAAAGUCUUCGAUGUUUUAACCAAGGAAAUAUCUGCUGAAAAAAAUGUGACACUCUCAAAAGUACGUGUUUUAGAUACAUUAUUAUUUAAUAGACUAGAUCACAUGAUGCUUAACAACACUUUUUUGCCACAAAUUCAAAAAUUUUUAAAAGAGCUGAUAGCAGGAUUGAAACUUCGAUUUGAUUAUGACAAUACUAAUAUAAUGUCCAGAGCUACGGUCCUUGAUCCGAGAUUUAAGCAAAAGGGAUUUUCAAAUGCAAAUUUAUUUAAGGAGUGUUGCGAUAAUAUUUUGAUUGAAAUGGAUGCAAUUGAAUUAGAUAGCAAUAAUAACGAAGAAAAUAUUUCCGAGCCGGUAGUGAUAGCGUCAGAAAGUUCAAAAGAUAAUAUCUGGGAAGAAUUUGAUUUGAACGUAGUUCACCCACAAACCAUACUUCAUGCACGUACGUCAAACCAAAAAGAAAUGGAUAAUUACGUAGCAGAACCUUUGGCACAUAGAAACGACGAUCCUUUGGAAUGGUGGAAGCUACACAAAUUAGAAUACCCAAAAAUAUACCAAAUCAUGCUUCGGGUGUUAUGUAUCCCAGCUACCUCAGUUCCUUGCGAGCGUAUAUUUUCCAAAGCAGGAGACAUAGAGACUAGUAAAAGAAAUCGCUUGAAACCCAGCAAGCUAGGCAAAAUGUUGUUUGUAAAACAAAAUAAAACAAACUAAAGUGGAUAAAAAACUGUAUAUAAAUGAUUUCA